CCGGUUGUGUGUUAUUUGGGUGUUGACUCUUUGGGAUUUUCUUAAUUGUGUUUAAAUUGAAUUGUAUUUUUGAUUAUUGUUUGUCUUUUAUAUUUAAAUUUUUCUUUUAUACAUUUAACAACUGAUUAAGUGGUUACCAGUGAUUGCCUUGUGUGUUUCUGCUUAAUAAGUUGUCUUGUCAUCGGUUAAUCAUUUAACUUUUGGUUACAACAAUUGGAGAAGUUUAAAAGGAAACAAAGAUUUUAAAUUUUAUCAUAUUUAUCAUAUUAACAUGGCUACAGCAGAAAAGUCAAAACGUUUAACUACCACUGUGGAAGUUUCUUCAUCUGAGUCUAGGGCUACUAGUCCUUUAAGUGUUGCCAUUCGAACCAGAAAACAGGAGAAAACGGAACUUGCCAAUCUAAAUGAUCGACUUGCCUCUUAUAUUGAAAGAAACAGAGAACUUCAAAAUGAGAAUUACAAUUACAUGUUGGAAAUUAAAAGUGUUAAGGAUAGUGUUCAACGUGAGAUCAAUAAAUCAAAGGCGGUUUGCGAAAAGGAAAUAAAAGAUCUACGUUUGGCCCUAGAUGAAGUUUCCAAGCAAAAAGCUAAACUUGAAUUGGAUAAUAAUCGAUUCAGAACUGAAAGAGAUGAACUUGAUAAAAAACUCAAGGCAAAACAAAAAGAGCUCUCUAGUACUCAGAAAAAAUGUGAAACAUUGGAGUCACAGUUGGAUGAUGCCAAAUCUCGCCUUAACCAGUCUCAAAAUGAAAGAAAAAAAUUGGAAGAUAAUGUAAACGAACUGAACCAUGAUCUACAAUCGUCCACCAAACAAUUACAAGAUGCCCAAAGGCAACUUGAAGCUGAGGUUUAUUCUCGAGUGAACCUUGAAAAUCAGAUUCAAAGUUUACGGGAGGAACUUGCAUUCAAAGAAACUCUCCAUGAACAAGAAUUAACCGAGACCCGAGUUGCCAGAGAAACCCAGAUCGAACAUGCUGUUGAAGAGCAAAUCAAAGAACAGUAUGAGCAACGACUUGCCGAUGAAUUGGCUGAAUUACGGCAAAUGAGUGCUGAUCAAGUUCGUCUUAAUCGAGAUGAGUUAACUCGAACCUAUGAGGCUCAAUUAAAAGAAUUACAGAAACGAUUAAACUCAAAGAGUAGCUCAGAAACAACUCUUAAAAAUGAUCUUCAAGGUUUCAAGAGUCGAGCUGACUCUCUUGGUGCAAAGGUGACCGAGUUAACAGCGGUCAAUGAGUCUCUUAACAAUCGAAUUAAAGAUUUAGAGAAACUGAUUGAACAAGAAAGAAACUGGGCCACCAUGUCUCUACGAGAAAAGGAUGAAGAGAUGAGUAAACUAAGAGAUGAUCUUAAAGAAAUUCACAAAGAAUAUCAAGAUUUAUUGGAUCUAAAAAGCCUGGACCUUGAGAUUAACGCUUAUCGAAAAAUGUUGGAAGGUGAAGAAACUCGACUUAGUUUAUCGCCACGAAAAGGUGGUGCCGAUGAAGGUUCAUCUUCGCUCGCAGGUCGGCUGGCUACUCCACGAUCUUAUGCUAUACCUCGUAAACGAAAGCGAGUUGUCAUUGAAGACAAUGAGAAUACUGUUGAAUUUAAAACAUUUUCUGAUUCUCGUGGAGAUGUUCAGAUAAACGAUUACGAUCAAGAAGGUAAAUUUGUUAAACUUCACAAUAAAGGUGAUCAGGACAUAUCUCUUAGUGGUUGGCAAUUACAACGGAAAACUGGUGACAAAUUACUGACCACCUACAAAUUUCCUCGAACCGGUACCAUUAAGGCAGGAGGCGAAGUAAUUGUUUGGAGCUCUGAUUCUAAGGUGACUCAUAAUCCGCCAUCAGAUAUAUUGAUGAAAAACAAUUGGGGAACCGGUGAUGAUAUUUCUACCUCAUUGCUUAAUCCUGAUGGAGAGGAAGUUGCCAUUCGAUCUACAACCAAGGUCAUUAAAUCGCAUAAAUUUCGGAGGCUUGCUGACUCUUUUGGGGAUUAUAACUACUCUGAAGUUGAUACAGGAGAUAACAAGGAGAAAUGUGUCAUGAUGUAACUCUCAGGACUUUCGCUCUCUAUUUUUCCACUGCUAUGGAUUUACCUGGAUUGAGAAUAGCGUUUUUUUCAUCUUCUCUCUCUCUCAUUAAACUAACCGUCACUAAUCAAUUCACAUUAACAUCACAUAUCUAAUCAACAACAUCUAUUACAACGCUUUUAUUAUCUUCUCUUUAUUAUCUUUCUCAAAUUGUUCCUUUUUUCUAUCAAACUCUCUCACUCACUUUAAGACAAAAGAUAUAAAAACCACCACCAAUCGCCUAUAGAUUGACACAUAUAUUUGCUUGAAAAUCUGCUUUUCAGAUUCAUAUUUGCAAUAUUUUUUUUCCCUAUUAGAAUGGACAUCAAACAAUUAACUAUAUUUUGUCAAGUCUAAAUUGUUUCUACCUCUUAUCUGUCACAUCGAAAAUGUUAAUCCAAUUUGAAUUUUUUCUCUCUCUCUCUCUCUCUCUCUCUCUCUCUUUCCCGAUGAUAACAAUAAAGAUUGUUGAUUAAAAGCAAAAUA